AUGUCCAGCGAGGUCCGAGGGCCGAGCAAAACUAAAAUACCAACGAUCAAAAUCACUACACCUCAGGCUGAAGACGGCAUGAAUUCAAAGGUCGCCCCGGAACGCCAGACGGCAGCCGCUGCCGUGGGCGCCGUCCAACCUGCGAAAGCGAGAAAGCGAGUCGUCGUAGCCAUGACCGGAGCAACAGGCGCUAUUCUCGGGAUCCGCCUCCUCGAAAAACUACGACGCCUUGAUGUCGAGACUCACCUUGUGAUGAGCAAGUGGGCAGAGGCGACGAUCGCAUUCGAGACCGACUACAAGAUUCGGGACGUCCGCGCUCUGGCCUCCAAGGUCUAUUCGGCACGGGACGUGGCGGCGCCCAUCUCUAGUGGGUCGUUCAAGGUCGACGCGAUGAUGGUGGUGCCCUGCAGCAUGAAGACUCUAAGCAGCAUCGCAACAGGCUACGGCGACGACUUGAUCUCUCGAGCGGCAGACGUCACGCUGAAGGAGAGGCGGAGGCUGAUUCUUAUGGCGCGCGAAACUCCCCUGAGCGGCAUCCACCUUGAGAACAUGAUGAAGGUCACGCAGAACGGCGCCAUCAUCUUCCCGCCGGUGCCGGCGUUCUACAUCAGGCCCAAGACGGUCGACGACAUAAUCGACCAGAGCGUCGGACGGCUACUGGACCUUAUGAAUAUCGACACGGCUGAUUUUGAGCGGUGGGACGGGAUGCGGAAGUUUGGGGCCAGAGAGGGAUGA